UAUCAAUAUUGUCAGUUGAGUUAGUCGUCUUUACGAACUAAAACAUGUUUUUAAGGAUUAAAACAUGUUUCUUAUAGAUGACAACAUGGAUGAAACGUAUGAUCCCAAAAUAAUUGAUGUCGUCCACUUUCUUUAUGCCACUUUAGCAACUUCACUUCUUAUAAAUUUUGCCUGACUAGUUUACUAUAGUUGAUUUAGCACACUUCAGUCAAUCUAUUUCCCUACACUCCUACUAGUACAGUACAAACUACAAAAUCGUUUAUAAAUUUGCAGCAUCAUAUACACAACAUCAUAAACAAAAAAAUGAUGCCUCUAAACUCAUAUUUUACUAUUCUACUAAUUGCUCUCUUAUUUUCAUAUACAUCUUCUUCAAUUGAUACUAGUACACAUGAAGAAAAUUUCCUUGAAUGUCUCUAUAGUUAUUCACAUAACUCAACUUCAAUCUCUGAAGUUGUGUACACCAAAACCAAUUCCUCUUACUCAUCGAUACUCAAAUUUACAACUCAAAAUCUCAGAUUUGCAUCCAACACAACACCUAAACCUCUUUUCAUUAUCACACCUAAACAGAUUUCCCAAAUUCAAACAACCAUAAUCUGUUCACAAAUCCACAACCUGCAGAUUCGAAUCCGAAGCGGUGGCCAUGAUUUUGAGGGUCGGUCCUAUGUUUCUGAAGUCCCAUUUAUCAUCCUUGAUCUCACAAACUUCAGAGAAAUUGAAGUAGAUGUAGAAAACAGGACAGCUUGGGUUCAAUCUGGUGCAACAAUUGGUGAACUUUACUACACAAUUUACCGAAAAAACCAAAAUCUUGGUUUUCCGGGUGGUGAAUGUCCUACUAUAGGUGUUGGUGGACACAUCAGUGGCGGUGGCUAUGGAACCUUGGUUCGUAAAUUCGGGCUUGCAGCUGAUAAUAUAAUUGAUGCUCACAUAAUUGAUGUGAAGGGUAGGUUUCUUGACAGAGAAGCAAUGGGUGAAGAUUUGUUUUGGGCUAUUAGAGGUGGUGGAGGAGCAAGUUUUGGAGUCAUAAUUUCAUGGAAGAUUAAACUUGUUCAAGUUCCAUCAAUUGUGACAGUCUUCAAUGUUCCAAAAACAUUGGAACACAAUGCAACAAAGCUUAUUCACAAGUGGCAGUUUUUGACAAGUAGAAUUGAUGAAAACUUAGAAAUUACUGUUAUCUUACAAAGGGUAAAUUCAAGUAUAAAGGGGAAGUCAAAAUCAACAGUACAAGCUAUAUUUCAAGCCUUGUUUCUUGGAGGAGUAGAUAAGCUCAUACACUUGAUGCAAGAGAAGUUUCCUGAGCUUGGUUUGGUUAGAGAAGAUUGUGUUGAGAUGAGUUGGGUUGAAUCAGUUCUUUACCUUUACGGGUUUCCGAAAGACGAACCACUUGAAACGUUGCUCAACAGAACACUUGCUGCAAAGGAUAUUUACAAAGUAAAAUCUGAUUUUGUCAAAAUUCCCAUUCCUGAAGUUGGAUUAGAAGGAAUAUGGCCUAUGUUUCAUGAAGAUGGUGCCAAAGAUGCCAUGGUGAUAUGUUUUCCUUAUGGUGGCAUAAUGGAUAAUAUUUCAGAGUCUGAAAUUCCAUUUCCACACAGACAUGGAAAUUUAUAUCAAAUUUAUUACUCAGUUCAUUGGCAUCAAGAAAGUGAUGAGGUAGAAAAAAUGAAAAUGAAUUGGAUUGGAAAAUUGUACAGUUAUAUGGAACCUUUUGUUUCAAAGUCUCCAAGAGCUGCAUAUAUUAACUAUAGAGAUCUUGAUAUUGGGGUGAAUAAUAUUAAUGGAUACACAAGCUACAAGCAAGCUAGUGUUUGGGGUGUUAAAUACUUUAAGAACAACUUCAAAAGAUUGAUAAAAGUGAAGACUAAAGUUGAUCCUCUAAACUUCUUCAGAAAUGAACAGAGUAUACCUUCUCUCAUGUGUUCAAGGGACAUAAAGAAAUCCUUGUAGCAGAUAAGGUCAUAAUAGAAUAAUGCAAUAUGCUUUUUUAUUUUUCUUUUAUUUCUGUAUUGUUUUUAAAAAAUAAAAGUUUGGCACAAAAAUGCUACACAAAAACGUUUAGUACGUUUUAGGUGGGUGAGCGUGCGGGUAUGGACCGCGGAAAAUAAAAUUGAGGAAUCAAUUUCCGUAAAACAAAAGAUGUAACACAGCAAAAAAAUAAAAUCCAUGGGUGUUAUGCUAGUAAUUGAGUUUGCUUGCAAUCUAGAUGUCAAUAAUGCUUUCUAUGCUGAAUUGGUGGGUGUUAUGCUAGCAAUUGAGUUUGCUCACAAAAAAUGUUGACAUUGUCUGUGGAUUGAAACAUACUUACAAUUGGUGACUAUGGCCUUCAAAUCUCGCUCUAUAGUUCCUUGGAACUUAAGAAACAGUUGGCUCAUUUAUAUCACUAUUACUAGUAGUACGCAAUUUAUUAUAUCUCACAAUUUCAGAGAAGUAAAUCAAUGUGUUGAUAGGCUUGCCAAUCUUGGCCUGCAAAUGGACAUUUAUCAUCGAUGGGAUAGCAUUCCUCCGACUAUUUUAAAUGCUUUCAUAAGAAAUAGAUUGAGUUUACCUGAA